CUCAAUAUGAAUGUUAUACAGCCUAACUGUCAAGCACGAUCAUAACAUUAACUGAAGAAGUUUUUAAAUCUCUAAUAUACUGUGCAGGUCUUUGCACGGAUGAAGGCCAUAUUUUAACCAAAAAAAAAAGCUCUAAUAUACUUCAAUUUUAAAAUAAUACAUUUGGUUUCUAAUUGGAAGUUGAAAUGUUAAAACUAAAAUUAGAAGAUCUACUAACAGACAAUGAACUUAAGAGUUUGAAUCAAAAUCGUAUCACUACUUUAUUAGAUUUUCUUCAAGAAGAUACUGAGAAAUUAUCAAUACUAACACAGUUGACAUUGCCGCAAAUUUUGGAAAUAAGGAAUAAUAUUUUUAAAAAAUAUUCCGCAGAACCAAUAAAUGGAACUGAUUUGUAUAUAACAAGUAUAACAAAAAGAAAAAGCAUUCAAACGGGAAUAAAAGAAUUAGAUUCCAUACUUGAUAGAGGUAUUCCAAGUGGUAUAAUAGAAAUAUGUGGGUUGGCUGGCUCUGGAAAAAGCCAACUUUGUAUGCAAAUUGCUAUAAAUUGUGUUAAGGAUUCUGACAAUACAAUUCUGUAUAUUGACACAAAGGGUGAUUUUUCUGCUUUAAGAAUCCAAAAGAUCUUAGAUUUAAAUGGAUACUCUCAUAAGGAUAUGGCCAUUAUAAUGCUGAAAAUAAAAAUUGUGAGAGUGUGGACAAUUGAAGAUUUAAUUGAAUUAAUACAAAAAAUCAAAAGUGGUUUGAUUGUUGUUGAAAACUUGGCACUUGUUAUUAUAGACUCCCUCCCAUGCCUUGUAUUUCAACAUUUUGGUGAUGAUAACAAAAUGGGCUUACAUUUUUUAAAUAGGCUAGUAUUACUAUUCAAAUAUUUGAAUAAACAACUGGAUGUAGGUGUUAUAUGUGUCAAUGUGCAGACUAGGUGGAUUGAUCAAGACAUACCAGAUUAUAUUGAUGGAGAAUCAACUAGUGUAAACAAAGGAAGCAACUAUAUAGAGAAGGCCAAUCGUUGUUUAGGAAAAUACUGGGAGAAUAUUCCAGCAAUACUUUUAAUAUUAAAGAGAAGUCUAGAAUCUAUUGACGAUAAUAGUCUCAGUAUAAGAAUAUCGGCCACAAAUUGUAAUAAUCCUCAUGUAGUGAAAACUUGUAUGUUGAAAGUUUCUGCUUUGGGUGUGAGAUAAAUGAAUAUAUUUUUUUUAAGUUUAAAAAUUUUAUUUAGGUCUUAAAUAUAUAAUUAAAAUUA